AUGGGCGUACACGGACUCUGGCCGAUCAUUCAGCCGGUCGCGAGGCCUAUCGCCCUUGAGACGUUGGGCAACAAGCGAAUGGCCGUCGACUCUUCAAUCUGGCUGCAUCAGUUCCAGCUGGCCAUGCGAGACAAAGAGGGCAGGGCACUGGACAAUGCUCAUAUUCUAGGUUUCCUCCGUCGGAUUUGCAAGCUGCUCUACUACGGCAUCAAGCCCGUCUUUGUCUUUGACGGUGGUGCGCCCGUCAUCAAGCGCAUCGCCGUAUCCGAGCGGAAGCGACGCAAGCGUGGAGGUGCAGACAGUCUCGCAAAGACAGCAGAGAAGCUACUCUCGGCCCAGCUCAGGAAAGCAGCCGUAGAAGAAGCAACCCGCAGGCAACCUGUGUCUGCCGCCAUCACAGACGGCACGGGCGACGUGAUAAACCAGGAUACGGUCUACCUUGACGACCUCGAAGCGGGCGUACCUCCUCGACAUUUCUCUGCCAUUUCUGGCGUCCAGAUAGGAGCUGCCUCGAGCCCAACCAACGAGCGCUCCUCGGAAUCGCCUGCUGCGCCGACCAAGAAAAAGUAUGUGCAUAGGGAUCCCUAUGCUCUGCCAACGCUCGAUGAGCCUCUACACGCCAAAGCCACACUGUCGGACCCUCGCAUGGCUACCGAGGACGAGCUCAGGUCCUUCAUCGACGAGAUGCGGCCCGAAGACUUUGAUCUAGGCUCGCCCAUGUUCAUGAAUCUGCCGACAGAGGUCAAAUACGAGAUCAUCGGCGACUUGCGCAUUCGAUCCCGCCAGUCCAAUCAUUCACGUGUCCUCGCAAUGAAGAAAGCUCCCACUGCGCUCGACUUCUCGAAAGCGCAAAUCAUGCAUCUCAAGACGCGCAACGAGCUCACGCAAAAGCUACUGACCGUCACUGACGUUAUCGCAAACGCAAACAUAACCGUGCCCAUCAGGAUUGCGUCUGAGCGCAACAAAGAGUACGUCUUGGCAAAGCAGAGCGCGGAUGAUGGCGGCGGAUGGGUUCUCGGAGUGAGGGACGGUCUCACGAAAGACAAGCCGAUUCGGAUCGACAAUACGGACACAGACGAGACAAAUGCGACGACGACCGACGAAGAAUUUGACGAAAUUGACAUUCCGGGGACGGCACGAUUACCCUCGCCAAGCUCCGAGGAACGAAAACGUAUGGCUCUAGAUGCUAUAAGGGCUCGGUUUGGUCCUGUAGCCAGAGAAGAGUAUGAUCCACACCUGGACGCUCAGCCCGUUCCUCCCCAGGCGCCGCUCUUUGCGACCUCCCGCAGAAAUGCGGAUCGUUUAACGGGACGCCAAAUAGGUAGCACGCAAGGAACAAAUGUCAGCGAGCCAGGGAGGGCGCGAGCUGCAGAAAGCGCAUUGCCGGUCGUUCCGUCCGACUCCGAUUCCGACGAGUCGAUGGAUGAAGUCGCCGUGCACAGCAUGGCCAGAUCAUCCACUCGUCGCGAACCACCUCCAGCAGUAUCUGUCAGCCCAGCACUGGAUGCUACGGUUCGGCAAGAAGUUCCACUCGAAGAGUCAGCUGCUGAUCAAGAUGCCAUUUUGGCUAAGGACUAUGCUCAGCCCGAAUCCCAGCAAGCGGUCGCCCAGGCGCCCAACGGACUAGCAUCUGAGAAAGCUCGCGCUAUCGAGGGCUCGCAUCAUGACAUCGACAAGCCCAUAAUAAUGCGCGACAAAAGACCAGCGUCAGGCUCGCCGGGGCCAUCAGUGGCAAUACUUGACACGUCUGGCGGCCAGGUCGUGGCACCGUUGCAGCCCAAUCCUCCCAUCCAGACCACGUCCAAGGAAGCUGCAGACGAAUCUGUGCGUCACGAUUCGCUCUUGCCUUUGACAGCCGACGCGAAUCGAGCCUCGUCUCCGCCGGCGCAGACGUCUAGAUUGUCAGCGCCGCAAGCCUCAUUGGACUCACCGCGAACCUCGUCAGACUUCAUUGAGUCAGCGACGGCAACUCGGUCGGAACUACAAAAACCUGCACAACACUCUGCAGCGGAGCGUGAUGUCAAUUGUACCCGCUCUGCAGCAAAUGAUGAAUCAUUUCACGACGUGCGCGAGCGCUCGUCUAGUCCAGCGGGCUCAGAAGCGUCGGAUUUCAUCGCAUGGCAGCGCACACCUACGCCACCCUCUCGCGUCAGGCGCACAUCUACGCCACCAUCCCGCACUAGGCGGGUAACAGUGCCCAUGGAGAGUCCAGAGGAGCAGCUUGCAGAUUUUCCCAUGCUCGACGCUGGCCACGAGCUAUCUGAUGAGGCGCCGGACGAUGAUGAAGAGGCCGAGCAAGGUCUGCAAGAAGAAACGAAUGAAUUCACACGCUUUCUCGCCCAACUCAAGAAUCGCAACCUUGACGAGAUGCGACAGGAAGUUGAAGCAGAGAUCAAAGUCCUUGGUCAACAGCAAAAGACGGAUCGAAGGAAUGCAGACGAGAUCACCCAGCAGAUGGCAAAAGAAAUCCGCGUCAUGCUACGUCUCUUUGGCAUACCUUAUGUGGAUGCACCGAUGGAGGCUGAAGCACAAUGCGCUCAGCUUUGGAUGGCAGGACUCGUUGAUGGCAUCAUCACAGACGACUCGGACGUGUUCCUCUUUGGCGGCGGGAGAGUCUUCAAAAACAUGUUCAAUCAGAACAAAUACGUCGAAUGCUUCUUGCUCUCCGACAUCGAACGCGAGCUCAGUCUCGAUCGCGACAAGCUUUGCAAGCUAGCCUACUUCCUUGGAUCAGACUAUGUUGAAGGCUUGCCCAAAGUUGGGCCUGUGCUCGGCAUGGAGCUCAUGCGCGAGUUUCCAGGCCCUGCCGGUCUUGUCGAAUUCCGUCGGUGGUGGAUAAAAGUCCAGAAGGGUCAAGAUGGAGAAGCAGAUCUGAGAACCGCUUUUCGCCGUCGCUUCAAAAAGUCGAUGAAAACCCUCGUACUAGAUGAAUCGUGGCCUAAUCCAGCCGUUAUGGAUGCUUACCUUAAUCCUGACGUCGAAACUUCGUCAGAACGCUUCACAUGGGGCUUGCCGGAUCUGGACGGACUUCGCCACUUCCUGAUGGACAGUCUUGGCUGGGCAGCGCCCAAAGUCGAGGACCUGCUCUUGCCAUUGAUCAAACGGAUGUCUGACAGAAACCGAGGCAUUGCCAACAUGCAGGGCUCGCUCGAGCGCUACUUCGAUGUAACGGGUGGCAUGGGUCAAAACGCGCGAUUGCAAAAGAAAGGGUAUGGCUCGGCCCGUCUUCAGGCGGUCGUGGAGUCCUGGCGUAAGGCGCAACAUAGCACUGCCGCCACUUCGUCCGAUGACGAAGAGCAAGUCGAGAGGCCAUUGAUGAAGAAGCGGACGAGCUCGAGCUCUACGACAAGAAAGCGCGCGUCUAGCUCGCCUUCGGCUUCCAGGAAGCCAGUGCCUCCAGCACUAGCGUCAAUGAAGCCAAAGCGAGCACGACACUCGGACAAGAGACCGGCAGUCAGCUCAGACGAGGCUGGAGAAGGCUAUACGCCUCGGCCGACUGAAUCGCGCAAACGCAAAUCGGAAGCGUCUUCUGCAGGAGGGUCUGCCACGUCCAGGGCAAGGCCACGAGCCAGGCGAAUAGCAACCACAAACACGAUACCGAAGAUUACAGAGCCAGAGGCUGACCUCUAA